AUGGUUCUGAUGUGUCGUCUUGUCCUCAUGGAUGGCCUGCGCUGUCCUGUGCAGACUGUAGCAGCGUUCCUUCACAUAGUCGCCAACCCGUCCACCUUCAAACCUCCCGGCGCAAGCAACGGAAACGGCGCAAGCAGCGCUGCAAGUAAUGCGGCACACAACGCUGCAGGCACUACUGAUGCUGAGGAAAUGAGAGGUGGAGAAGUUAAGGCAUCAGAUGCCUCUCACAGAUGCCUUUCACAGGCAGCACCUGUUGCUGCACCUCUUCAUCCCUCGUCUUCAGCUCCUGUUGCUGCUGCAGAUAGCCUUUCACAGGCAGCAGCAGCAGUAGCAGCAGGCACGAGUGCAGGGAAUUUAUGUGGAGAAAUCUCACCUGCUGCAGCAGCAAUAGAAGGUGCAGCAUCUGCUGAUGCGAGCUGCCUGUUAGCUGGUGAUAUGGAGGAGGCAGCGGAGUUGAGUACAAGCCCGCUGCUGUGUGAUGCCGUGCAGAAGAAACGAGGAUUGAAGGGGGGUAUGGCUGGUGCAGCAUCUUCUGAUGCGAGCUGCCUGUUAGCUGGUGAUAUGGAGGAGGCAGCAGAGUUGAGUACAAGCCCGCUGCUGUGUGAUGCCGUGAGGGAGAGGAAAGUGGGUAAAGGGGUAGGGGUGGAGCGAGGGGCGAGGGGAGCAGGGACAGGCAGCAGCAGGGGUGCGGAAACAGGAGAGAGAAGAGGGGAAGGGGAAGCAGGAGCAGAAAGAGGAGCAGAAGGGGUAGCAGCAAGAAAGGGGGUGGAAGGAGGAAGGGAAGGAGGAGAAGGGAUCGGGGGAGGGGAAGCAGCCGGCAGCAGCGAGGUGUGUGAGGAACCUCUGUCUCGACCUCGGGAAUCGGGGGAAGGAGGGGAGGGAGGAGCAGGGAUCGGGGGAGGGGGAGCAGCCGGCAGCAGCGAGGUGUGUGAGGAACCUCUGUCUCGACCUCGGGAAUCGGGGGAAGGAGGGGAGGGAGGAGCAGGGAUCGGGGGAGGGGAAGCAGCGGGCAGCAGCGAGGUGUGUGAGGAGGAACCUCUGUCUCGACCUCGGCUGACAUUCCGAGAUGUGGUGGUGCUGUCGCUGGGAGCAGGGGAGCACAUGCGGCGAUACUCGAUUGACGAGGUCAAGAAGUGGGGCCUGAUUGGAUGGGCAGAGCCGAUGGUGGAUGUGAUGGUGUGGGGGGGAGGCAACAUGGUGCAUGCUCAGAUGUGCCUGCUCGCGCUGGCAGAUGGUGCAAUAGACAACUACACACGCAUUGAGAUGUGCCAGCUGGCUCUGGCAGAUGGGGCCAUACACAACUACACUCGCAUUGAGGUGCAAUCCCUGCCGUCCAUCUCAACCAGGAUGGACAACGCAUCACGGAGGAACAUCCAGCUGCUGCAGCGAGAGGCAGAGGAUGCUCUUAAAGCCCACGGCAACGUCGUCCCCUCGCUAGCAGGGGAGGCGUUUCAGCUGCCUGGCUUGUCCCCAUCUUUCUACUACCCUGGCUUCACAUACAUCUGUUUCUCCCUCUUCUCGCUCUCCCCCCACCAACCCCCGCAUUCACCCACCAACCCACCCUCCCGCCUCCAGGUGCAAUCCCUGCCGUCCAUCUCAACCAGGAUGGACAACGCAUCACGGAGGAACAUCCAGCUGCUGCAGCGAGUGGCAGAGGACGCUCUUAAAGCCCACGGCAACGUCGUCCCCUCGCUGGCGGGGGAGGUCUGCCAGCUGGCGCCCACCAAUGAAGAGCGGCUUGCUGCGCUGGCAGAUAGGCUGGUGGUGGAGUACAGGUGGCGGCGUGGGAUUGGAGGCUGA